AACAGAACAGAACACUUUCGUGGGCGAAAGACGUGCACGCAGACACAACCCUACCUCUUCUAUCUCUCUCUCACCAACUCUGUCUCCUCACCCACUGCACCUACCCCCAAACACUGCCUUAAACCAUCGCUCUCUCUCUCUCUGCAAAUGACUCGCUCUCUCUUCCUCUAAUUCUCUGUUUUCUCCGUCUACUCUGUAAUUCACAUCAAUGGAGGCGUCAUUGUUGAUGAUGAGAUCGUCUUGUUGCUCCUCUGCGAUUGGUGGGUUCCUCGGCCAUCGACGUGAAUUAUCAACCUCAACACCCAUUUCCACUCUUCGUCCUCUUCCAUCAUCCAAAUCUUCCUUCUCUAUUCGUUGCUCUCUUCCCCAGCCAUCAAAGCCUCGCUCUGGAACAAGCUCUGUUCACGCCGUUAUGACACUUGCUGGAUCGUUGACAGGGAAGAAACGGGUGGAUGAAAGUGAGAGUUUGACUCUCGAAGGUAUUAGGAACUCUUUGAUCCGUCAAGAGGACAGCAUUAUAUUUGGGCUUUUGGAAAGAGCCAAGUACUGUUAUAAUGCAGAUACUUAUGAUCCUACUGCCUUUGACAUGCAUGGUUUCGAUGGUUCUUUGGUUGAGUACAUGGUCAAAGGCACUGAAAAGCUUCAUGCUAAGGUUGGUAGGUUCAAGAGUCCUGAUGAACAUCCUUUCUUCCCUGAUGAUCUACCAGAGCCUAUGUUGCCUCCUCUGCAGUACCCAAAGGUGUUGCAUUUUGCUGCUGAUUCGAUCAACAUAAACCAGAAGAUAUGGAACAUGUACUUCAGAGACCUUGUUCCAAGACUAGUGAAGCAAGGCAAUGAUGGUAAUUACGGAUCAACAGCUGUCUGUGAUGCAAUCUGCCUUCAGUGUCUCUCAAAGAGGAUCCAUUACGGUAAAUUUGUUGCAGAGGCCAAAUUCCAAGCCUCACCCGAGGCAUACGAAUCCGCCAUCAAAGCACAAGAUAGGAAUGCGCUGAUGGAUAUGCUAACAUUCCCGACUGUGGAAGAUUCGAUAAAGAAGAGAGUUGAGAUGAAAACACGAACAUACGGGCAAGAAGUGAAAGUGGGGAUGGAGGAGAAAGAAGAAGAAGAAGAAGAGGGUAAUGAAUCUCACGUUUACAAAAUCAGUCCGAUCUUGGUCGGGGACUUGUAUGGAGAUUGGAUCAUGCCCUUGACAAAAGAGGUUCAAAUUGAGUACUUGCUCAGAAGACUUGACUGAGACCCAAAAAAAAAGGGAAAACACAAUAUGGCUUUGGCCACUGGUAGUAAUGUAGAAAAGGGUUUUUGAAAUGUUUUUUGGUUUUUUUAACUUUCACAAAUCUCUCAACAUUAUUAGUUUAUUACACUAUUGAAAAUGUUUACUUAAACGUCGUCAAAACGAUGUCCGUCUCUGUAUAUACGGAAUCAAAUAUAUUGAGCUAAUAGCUCAUACUUGUGUAAGGUGAUUACUAUUUUUGUGCGUUAAUGGCUACGUGGGGAAUGAUAAUUGGA